UCCCUUUGUGCGCACGGUAGAAACCGGAAGUAGGCUAGUAGAAAAGCUCCAACAAAACAAAAACACAUUGAAGCAAAAUGAUCCAAAGUCAUAGUGACUCAAAAAUGAACAGUCAAAACCCAAAGGCAACAAGUAACGUUUCACCAUGCGUAUUUUUUAAUACAGAUUCAGAAGACUAUCGAUGCGCGGUGAUUUUAACUGUAAAACGAGCCACAGGAACAUUCUCCUUAGUAGGAUGCUUUUUCAUGCUGUUUGUGAUCUGGCUGCUUCGAAGGUAUCACUCUUUGGCUCAGAAGAUGAUUCUCAGCCUGACUGUAGCUGCCUUCUUUGAUAGCGUAGGAUAUGUUAUGGGUGAUUCGCAUCCAGAGGGAGCGCUUUGUGACUUCCAGGCCUGCUGGCUAACUUACUUUGACUGGAGUGCCUUGGCCUGGGUUUGCCUCAUCACAGUGAACCUGUACCUGAACCUGGUCCAAGAAAUCAGCACCAAUAGAUAUGAGAUGUCGUACCAUCUGAUGGCGUGGGGGGUGCCGCUGGUCAUGGCCUCUUUGCCACUGCUAAAGGGUUACUACGGACCCGCAGGAGCCUGGUGUGUGUCUUCAUCAGAGUUCAGCGAAGCGGCGCAGACAGGACAGAGCAGGCGGGGGAGGCUCGGAGGAGGACAAUGGUACGUGCCUCUGUUCAGCAUCAUCUUCCUGAUGAUCUGCUGCUACGCCAGGAUCAUCUGCGUGGCCAAUGCGAGGAUGCAAUCAUGGUUGGGAACCUUCAACCCAGAGAGAGAGAGACGAAAGUAUGGAACUCUUCAUUUAAAUACUUCUGUUUCUCUCUCCUUUUUCCCUCUCUCCUCCAACAGGGUCCAUAAUGCCUUCUACCCAAAGGAUCCCUCCUUCUCGCUCACUCUGUUGCACGUCCUGUCAGCACCACUCCACGGUUUGGCCAACGCCUUUGUUUUUGGUCUGGAUAGGGAUUGGUGGAGCCUACUGAGCCCUACUGGCAUGCAGCUGGCUCUGCAGUCACGGCUGUGUGACAGGACAAGGAUCGGAGAGUACCACCCAAGGGCGGUGCGCUACACACAGGCUGACCUGGUCGACCUCAGCGAUGACGACGACGAUGGCACCAACGUGCUUUUCUACUCUCCUGACAUGACCCUGAAAGACCGAGGGCCCUGAGAGAUAGCUGGAGAGAGGGAGAGAGAGAAAGAGAGAGGGAGACGAGCUGGAGGUCACAGCCAGAAAGAGACGCAGCGGAUUAGAAACUGAGAGGGAGGAACAAGAGGUAGGGAGGGAAUGCAGGGGAAGAUUGGGGGGGACAGUCAGGCAGAUAGAAGGCGGAGAUGAGCUGUCAGGUUCCAUUAUUAAUCCCCAUCCUUUACUAUUUAAUAUCCUAAAGACACACACACAGACAUUCACACACACGCACACACACUAGACAGAGCUGCAGCUCCCUGCAGUACUACCACGAGAGUGGAGAAAGAAAGGUGCAGCUCAGAAGAUCCUCCUAAUGUUAAAGGCAUCUGCUGCAUCCCAAAGGUCUUAAAACGAUUUCCCCUCUCUGCGCUGCCUGCUUGACUCCUGCGUUCUGCAGCACUUUGGCAUACUACCAAAAGGAAAGGGGGAAAAAAGACCAGUAAAGAACGGCUGAAAGGCAAUCAUAACAAGGUGUUAGUUUAGCAUUCAGAGCAAUUACCUUUUCACUUCUCUACAGGGGAGGAGGUGAAAAGCAGGCCUUUUUAAAAAAGCACCCUGUGUGUCAGACGUGAAAGCAUCUAUGAUGAGAUUGAUCCCAGUUCUGAACAAUUUUCUUCGCGAUAGGGGUAAUGGUAGGAGAGGUAUAGUGGAUAUAUAGUUGUUUUUUUUGUUUUUAUGAGACUUGGUAGGGCAAAUAAGUCCCAGAGGAGUUUCUCCUUCCUCAGACAGUAUUUGUUUUCUUUUUUUCCUUUUAAGCAUUUUGCAUUACUGUUGUUUGCAUAUUGCAUUACUUUUCUUUUAACUGUCGCACAUGUAUUACUUUGAAAGUUUUUUUUUUGUAUUUUUAUGAACUGCCACAUUUGUUUGUUAAACUGUAUUUAUCAAUAUACUGUAUAUAUCUAAGUGUAUACUCUAUUUUUGUACGUGCCUCAGACUAGAAUGUGCAGUUUGAUCCAAAAACCUGCUGCUCUAACGUGACAGUCAAGCCGAUUCAAUACAAAUGGCCUUAUGGACAAUUAAAAAACAUGUAAUCAGUCAACACGUGCUUUCUCUGCCUGUCAAAACGGGUUGAAAACAAGAACACGCACAUAGCAUAGCAAGAGCCUUUGAGGGUUCAUCACCCCAUGGCCCUUGUCAGUGGUGCUGUGAAUGGACAAACUAUGGUGUGAUUGGCAGAAUAAUAGAGUCUCUUUAUAUCCAACCUCAGCUUAUUUGAGUUUUCCACAUACUGAGGUGGUUUCAUCAGCUGUCUCUAUGACAAGUUGAACUAAUGAAUGACACUUUUUACUUUUCUGCUGAGCAUCAAUGACACUACAGUGCAACUUUAGUUUGCAGUUCACAGAGGCCCACGACUGGAUUACACACACUUGCACUGUGCCCCUCUACCCCUCUUUUGGCACUGUUACUGAUAUUAUUUGACUGUGCACUUCAUCAAAUAAAUGAGCAGGAGAGACGUUUCAUAACAAA